GAACAUGCGCAGUGCAGGCUUACUUCCGGGUAUUCACAAUUAUUGGAGUACUGGAGUGGUUAGCUGAAGGCGCUAUUCCCCGUCUAGUUAAAUGUGCACGACUGAGCCAACUAGUUAAACUGCAUCUUUAUGAGCGCAAGAUCUCCCUUUUGGACCCGUCGUUUCCGGGUACACGUCGUCGCGGUUUUCUUGAUUGUAGUUGUUGCAGCAUGGACUAUUUACAGGUUACAGACCAAGAUUCCGAGUUUCCCCAACUCAGGCAAGAUGAGCGAACAGACGCUGGACUAUCUCAGCAAAGGGAAAAUUAAAGAGAGAGAUGCUGCGAACGUGGAGUGGUACCAUGCUGCCAACAGCAAGGCCAAAAUCAACAAAGCACUUACAAUUCGAGGUUCUGCACAAAUGAUUGAGGCGGACAUUAUUAUGAGAGGCCACGACCCCAAAGAGCCAAUCAUGGCCCAUCCCCCUCAGACCGACAGUGACAUCACCUUCUGCGAUUGGCUGAAGGAGGUGAUGGCGUCUGGCAAGGGAAUAAAAUUAGACUUCAAGAGCCUUCAGGCAGUGGCGCCCUCUAUGCAGCUGCUGGGGGAAGUGCGGGCGCAGCUGCACGUUCCUGUGUGGAUCAAUGCGGAUAUUCUCCCUGGUCCCGGUGGGAAGGCGACCCCUCUAGAAGCCCAGGCUUUCUUAGAGGCAGUGGGGCCCGGGCACCCCGGUGAUGUUCUGUCCCUCGGCUGGACCACGGGCUGGAGUCCCAACACGGACAACCCCGGAUACAGCUGGGAGAUGGUUCGUGAGAUGGAGGAGGUGUGUCGGCUUCUGAAGCAGCCAAUCACUUUCCCUGUACGAGCGGCUCUUCUCCCACAGUCCUACGCCCAGCUCAGCUGGCUCCUGCAACAGUCUGACAGGUACACCCCCAUGCAGGUACAGUCUGACCGUGUGGACGGGUCAGAGUGAUGAGCUAGCCGUGGAGGACCUUCUGCCGUACAGGCAGAACAUUGACAAGAGCAGGAUCUACUAUGACCUUCUUGAGUCCCAGAGCAACGCCUUCAGGAAACUUCCGGGGUACUCUUAAAUGGGCAAUGGAAGUCCAUAAGAACUGGACAAGUGGGGAGAUGGCUGUUAUUGCUUAGCAGUGCGGACCCCACUUUGAGUAAAGGGCUGCACAGUGAGCUGUACUCAAAGAACAGCCUAAGGUACCUUGUGCUUUAAUCUAAGACUUUGCAUAGUUUUUGGGUUACUGAAAGCUGUAGAGAAAGACUGAAGCUAAGGUUGGGUUACCUUUUUAAAUCCUCAGCUAUUAGGGCUGCUGGAUGCCUCAUCCUGCUAAAGCACUAAGUUUUGAUGUAGUGACACUCCCAAAGUAUGGUAUCGAAUUUUGAUCUUGCAAUGAUGGGACAGGCUGGCUUUUGUCAAGAUUGGGCAAAAAUAAAACCGCUUACAAAAGACAUUACAAGAAUAAUGUUUACAGACACAUGUUGAAGUAAGGGUUGGGUUGAUUCAAUAUAUUUUUAAUUCUUAAUUUCUAUUUUGGCGAUUUGUCUGCAGGAUUCAAAACAAGCUGUACCCGAAACAUUUGCAGUGUCCACUUCAUAUUUACAACGUGGGCUUUGUGUGAUGUUUCCCUUGCAGUAUUGGGAUCACAAAAUACAAAUUCUGCAGGGCAGCAUCAUUAUACAGCAGUUGGGGAACUGGGUUUGGAACUGUGGAGGUUGUAAGUUCAAAUCCCUGCCAGGUCACCGCUGCUGUACUUUUGUGCAAGUUACUUAAUUCAAGCUUGAAUAAAUUUUCACCUAUAUACAUGGUCA